AUGCCAUCUCCUAUGCCGCCCAUGCCCACCAAGGAUGACUCCGCGGGCACGUGGGCAUAUCUCCAGGCCGGCGUGGACCGCAUCAUGACGGACCUGCGAGAGGGUAUUGAUAUGAAAACAUACAUGGGACUGUACACAGCGAUUCACAACUUCUGUACCGCUCAGAAGGCCGUUGGUAGCGGAGGCUUCGGGGCCACCGGUGGCGCUGGUGGCGUCAACAACCGGGGAGGAGCACACCUGCUCGGUGAAGAUCUCUACCAUCACCUUAUCGAGUACCUCAAGGUCCACCUCUCCGAAGUCUACCAGAAGUCCACCGAGCACGCCGACGAAGCCCUCCUAACAUUCUACAUUAAAGAAUGGAAUCGCUACACCACCGCUGGUCAGUACAACAACCACCUGUUCCGGUACUUGAACCGUCACUGGGUCAAGCGAGAGAUGGAUGAGGGAAAGAAGAACAUCUACGACAUCUACACGUUGCACCUGGUGCGGUGGAAGGAGGACAUGUUCAUGGCUACGCAGGAGAACGUUAUGAAGUCCGUGCUGCGGCUGGUGGAGAAGCAGAGGAAUGGAGAGACGAUCGAGCAGAGCCAAAUCAAGAGUGUCGUGGACUCCUUUGUGUCCCUCGGCCUGGACGAAUCAGACAGCACCAAGACCACCCUGGAUGUGUACAAGGAAUUCUUCGAGAAGCCGUUCCUUAACGCCACCGCCGAGUACUACAAGCAAGAGUCGAGUCGCUUCCUUGCGGACAACAGUGUUGUUGAUUACAUGAAGAAGGCCGAGGCACGCCUGGAUGAGGAGAAGGAGCGCGUCCCGUUGUACCUGCUGGACGAAAUCAUGGCUCCCCUCAUGAAGACGUGCGAGACGGUUCUGAUUGCCGAUCACUCACAAGCUCUUCGCGAGGAGUUCCAGCUUCUUCUGGAUCAGGACCGCAUUGACGAUUUGGCACGGAUGUACAAGCUGCUCGCUCGGAUUCCCCAAGGCCUCGACCCUCUUAGGACCCGUUUCGAGAACCACGUCCGAAAGGCCGGCCUGUCUGCGGUCGAGAAGGUCGCAACGGAUGAUCUUGAGCCUAAGGUCUAUGUAGAGGCUCUGCUGGAAGUCCACACUCAGUACCAGGAUCUGGUCAACAAGGCUUUCGCGGGCGAGUCGGAGUUCGUCAGAUCGCUGGAUAAUGCAUGCAGGGAGUUUGUCAACCGCAACAAGGUCUGCAAGUCAGGGUCUACCAAGUCGCCUGAGCUUCUAGCCAAGUACACCGACCAGCUGCUGAAGAAGUCCGGUGCCAAGAUGUCUGAGGAAGAUGACAUGGAGAAGCAGUUGACACAGAUCAUGACCAUCUUCAAGUACAUCGAGGACAAGGAUGUCUUCCAGAAGUUCUACUCGCGCAUGCUUGCGAAGCGUCUGGUCAACACCAACUCGGCUUCCGAUGAUGCUGAAACUUCCAUGAUCGCCAAGCUGAAGGAUGCCUGCGGUUUCGAAUACACGAACAAGCUUCAACGUAUGUUCCAGGACAUGCAGAUCUCCAAGGAUCUGAACUCCUCCUAUAGGGAGUGGAUGUCCGGCCUCGACGACGACGUGAAGAAGGGGGCUAUCGAUGCUACCUACCACAUUCUCGGUACCGGUUUCUGGCCGCUCAACCCUCCAACCACCCCAUUCGCUCCUCCGCAGGUCAUCGUCAAGACUUACGAGCGCUUCGGCUCCUUCUACGGCUCCAAGCACUCCGGCCGCAAGCUCACAUGGCUGUGGCAGCUGUGCAAGGGUGAGAUGCGCGCUAAUUAUAUUAAGAUUCCCGGCAGCAAGGCGUCUCCCAUCUUCCAGGUUUCCACUUACCAGAUGGCCAUCUUGUUGCUUUUCAACGACUCAGAAACUCUAAACUACGAGGAUAUUGAGCAGGCAACGAAGCUUGAUAGAGGAACCAUGGAUCCCAGCAUCGCCGUCUUCCUCAAGGCGAAGGUGUUGACUAUUAGCCCUGAGGGGUCUAAGCCUGAGCCUGGGACAAGCUUCACCCUCAACCACGGUUUCAAGACCAAGAAGCUGAAGGUCAACCUGAACAUCGGUAUCAAGAGUGAGCAGAAGCAGGAGGUCGAGGAUACGCACAAGACGAUCGAGGAGGACAGGAAGCUCCUCAUGCAGUCGGCUAUUGUGCGUAUCAUGAAGUCCAGGAAGAAGAUGAAGCACCAGCAACUCGUCGGCGAGACGAUCAACCAGAUCCGCUCUCGCUUCACGCCCAAGGUCGCAGACAUCAAGAAGUGCAUUGACAUUCUGCUAGAGAAGGAGUACCUGGAGCGUCUUGAGGGAGAGGAGAACGAUCUCGGCUACUUGGCUUGA